AUGAAAAGGUUUUAUAGCUGUACCAAUAAUAAUAAACCUAAAAUAUUAGUUUUAUCAGGAUCAACCGGAGCUGGUAAAAGUAGAGUUGCAAUAGAAUUAGCAAAACAGAUCAAGGGUGAAAUUAUUUGCGCAGAUUCAAUUCAAAUAUAUAAAAACCUUUCAGUGGGUAGUAACUCUAACGACACAAUCAAUCAAAAAGAAGUUCCAUUCCACUUAUAUAAUUUUUUAGAUAUAAACAACUCAAAAUUUAAUGUAUAUAAUUAUUUUCAACAUGCUAAAAAAGCAAUUAACGAAAUUGUCGAUAGGGGUAACACCCCAAUAAUAGUUGGUGGUUGUGGUUUUUAUCUAGACUCAAUAUUAAAAGGAUCUAGAGAACCAGAGUUAACACAAAAAGAAAGAGAAGAAAUUGAUAUAUUAGAGUCUAAAAUUAAAAAUUCACAAUGGGAUUAUUAUUAUGAUAUUUUAAAAGAAAUUGAUAUUGAAUCAGCAAAAUGCAUUUCAAGAAAUAAUGUAAAAAGAUUAACAAUGAGUUUAUAUUUCAAUUUAAUAAAAGAAGUUAAAUUUUCAUCACUCAAAGAUCAAUUUUCAGAUUCAAUUAAAGACUCAUAUGACUUUAGAUGUUUUUAUUUGACAACUGAAAGAUAUAAAAGAACCACAAUGUUAAAUGAAAGAUGUGAAGCAAUGGUUUAUUCAGGUUUAUUAGAUGAAGUUUUCCACUUAUUAAUGACUCAAGAAAAUUUUAUAAAUUCCAAAGCUGGAAAAUCAUUAGGUUAUAAAGAAACAAUUAAAUUACUAUUAAAUCAAUAUCCCAACAUUAGUACCAAUAAAAUCAAUAAAAAUAAAAAUAAAAACAAAAAUAAUAAAAAUGAAAUAUCAGAAGAAUCAAUAGUUAACUAUAUUAAAGAUUUUAGAUCUGUUACAAGACAAUAUUCAAAAAGACAAGAUACAUGGUUUAAAAAAGAUGAAAUAUAUCACUGGAUGGAUAUUCAAAAUAAUAAUUUAAAUCAUUUGUAA